AUGUCGAGCCAAAAAAAAGAGUCUGACAGAAAAGAAACGGGAGGGGGGCCUCCAGCUGUAUUAACCACCGUGGAAGACCUGGUCAUAGAUGGCAUCCGCGACAAUCCACAGCUGAUUGGCAUUCCGGGUGGCAUUGAUUCAGGCGUGGCUGAUGUUGCUGAGAUGGCAGACACUGAUGAAGUCUCAGCCAAGUGUACAAUAACUGUUGCUGAGUGUACAUCAAAGCCUGCAACUGCCUCGAAUGUAGCCACUUCUUCAACAUCAAGACCAUCAAAAGAUAUAUUUCAAUAUGUCAAUAUUUUAAGACCAAAAAUCAUCUUUUGA